AUGACCAGGGUUACUUUCGAUUGUGCUGCCAAGUAUGCCGGGCUUGCUCUAAACGAUCGUCUACUACCAGGCCCACAUCUGACGACUACUCUGAUUGAGGUGCUGUGCCGAUUUUUGCUAGGUUCAGUUGCGGCAGCUAUUGAUAUCCAGGAAAUGUUCCAGCACGUUAAAGUCCCCGAAGGGCAGAAGGACGCUUUACGGUUGUGA